CCGCCGAUGCGUCUCCCGCCUACGAACUCGUUUUGAACUCUGGUUCUCUCUCAGUCUGACCCUCUCUCUCUCUCGUGUCAAGAGAAUUAACUUCAAAUUUCAUUCUAAAUACCGUUAAAGCUACAUGGGUUCGAGAGCAGGUGCAAAUGGAGUUGAUUUAUGGUCAGAAAUCAUUGCUGAAGAGACGGGAUACAUCGAUCAACUACAACAACCGAAGAUUGAAGUGAUUUACCGAAGGAGACGACCCCAGAAGACUCCUCCAGAUGCCAAUUUGGAGCAGUUGGAAUCAAAUAAAGAGAAUAGGGUGAGUUUGGCUGCUGCCGCCAAGCGGGUCAGUUGGAAUCGUUCCCUUUCCAUCAGAGGAAGAGUAAGUAUUGCUAUUGCUGCUUGUGUGGACAAUCGACCUCAGCAAAAGCAGGCCAAAAGGAAGGGCAAGCCACCUGUUCCAAAAGGAAAGGCUGAACAGCUUCCAAGCUUUGACAAAGAAAGGGAAUACUUUCAAGAAGUUGAUGCUUUUGAAUUGCUGGAGGAGAGUCCCUCACCCAAACACUUUGGUACAUGGGCCACUGACAAUCAAACUGAUACUUCUUCUAUACCAUAUUUGUCUUCAAGAUUAGAGAAGUGGUUAAUUUCGAAGAAGCUCAACUCCUGUUCUGCACCUUCUACUACGCUAUCAAAGUUAUUAGAAACUCCAGCCAUGCCGUUGGAAACCAUUUGCGAUAAUGAUUUCAGCGCUGCAAAUUUGAAAACACCUGAAAAGUCUUCUUUAAAAAUCAAUUCAAGUCUGCAUUCUGUCCAGAGCAGAAUUAAUGCAUACUUACUCAGUAAAUAUGUGUCUGAAAGGAAAUCUGAUUCACAAACGAUCAGGACUAUGUUGACAAUUACUGAUGAUGAGGGUUGCAAGGACAUUGAAGCUGCAGUUAAGAAACUCUCUUUAGCGUCAACAUCUACUUCACUGGAUCAUGACUAUGUAGAUCCAUUUUCUUCGCUUUUGGCAAUCUGUGGUCAGUCGGUUCCAUCUACUUUGCUGGAUGUGUUCUCCAAAUAUUGUGACUCGGAAAGUAUUACCAAAGUGGGGGAAGGUACAUAUGGAGAAGCCUUUAAAGCUGGAAAUACUGUUUGUAAAAUAGUUCCAAUUGACGGAGAUUUGAAAGUAAAUGGGGAAGUACAAAAGAAAUCAGAAGAACUUCUUGAGGAGGUUGUGCUUUCUCAAACCCUUAAUCUUCUAAGAGGGCAUGAUGGUGAUGCCCACAAUGCAAGCACCACAUUCAUCAAGACCUUAGAUCUAAGGGUAUGCGAGGGUCCUUAUGAUAAUGCAUUGAUUAGAGCAUGGGAAGAUUGGGAUGACAAAAAUGGUUCAGAAAAUGAUCAUCCUGGAGAGUUUCCAGAGAAACAGCGCUAUGUUGUUUUUGUACUACAACAUGGUGGUAAGGACCUUGAAAGCUUUGUUCUAUUGAACUUCGAUGAGGCACUGAGUUUAUUGGUUCAGGUUACAGCUGCCUUAGCCGUUGCAGAAGCUGCAUUUGAAUUUGAACACCGGGACCUGCACUGGGGAAACAUUUUGUUAAGUCGAAGUGACUCUGCAACAGUGAGGUUUAUCCUUGAGGGGAAGCAUAUGUUUGUCAAAACAUAUGGAUUAUUGAUAUCAAUAAUUGAUUUCACUCUGUCGAGAAUCAAUACUGGUGAAGAUAUACUCUUUCUGGAUCUAUCCUCGGAUCCUUACCUCUUUAAAGGCCCAAAGGGUGAUAAACAAGCAGAAACAUAUAGAAAGAUGAGGGAGGUAACUGAAGAUUUCUGGGAAGGAAGUUUUCCUAGAACAAAUGUGUUAUGGCUGCUGUACUUGGUGGAUAUAUUACUUCUGAAGAAAUCAUUUGAGCGUUCCUCUAAAAAUGAAAGAGAGUUGCGCUCUUUGAAGAAGCGCUUGGACAAGUACAAUUCAGCCAAAGAAGCUAUUUUUGAUCCUUUCUUCAGCGACUUGCUUGUUGAGUCAUGUGAAUGAAAAGAAGAGAAGAGAGUUGGCAAUUAAGAAAAGAAAACAGCUUGUUUCUUUUACAUAUCUAGGGCUUAGUGUGGAUAAUUAUGCUCAUUUUACAGUUUUGUGAUCUCGGGCAUACAUGGGCAUGACUGUAAAUGGAUACUAACUUAUUUUACACACUCUGGGUCUCUGCCUACCAGUAAUUUUAAUCUGCCAUGAAUGUUAUGGAGACUAACUUACGUUACAGGCGCAUAGAAUGGACUUUGGUUACCAACAAUUGGAUUCACAAGUUCAAUUGUAAAACUCAUUUGGAUCCUACAAAUCCUAAAGAUAAGGUGAUUCCUUUUUCACAUGAAUUCAUGAAAAAUAUUAUUUUCCUUUCCAGAA